ACUACUACACUCAAAAUUCCUUCGUACUGAACAUGGGUCAAGGCGCCUCAACUAACGCUGGUGGAGCUGACGGCGGUAAAGACGCUGGAAAACCUGGGAAAGACAAGCCUCAGCAACCUAAAUGGGAACCUCCCGUACCCACUCGUGUUGGAAAGAAGAAGAGACGUGGUCCUGAAGCUUCAUCUCGUUUACCCGCCGUGUUCCCGACUACUCGAUGCAAGCUCAAAAUGCUCAAAAUGGAGAGGAUCAAAGAUUACCUGCUGAUGGAAGAGGAGUUUGUGGCCAAUCAAGCUGCUCAGACAGGAGAAGAUCGAACAGCAGCAGAUCGAACUAUGGUGGAUGAACUUCGAGGGUCUCCAAUGGAUGUUGGAACUUUAGAAGAGAUUAUCGAUGAUGAACAUGCCAUCGUAUCUAUCGGUAGUGGAUCAGAAUACUACGUCAGCAUCAUGUCUUUUGUCGACAAGGAUCAAUUAGAACUGGGUUGUUCCGUUUUGACACAGCACAAAUCACAUGCCAUCGUAGGUGUUCUCGCGGAUGAUGCAGAUCCAAUGGUAUCAGUCAUGAAGCUUGACAAAGCUCCUACGGAGAGUUAUGCGGACAUCGGUGGGCUCGAAACGCAGAUUCAAGAAAUCAAAGAGUCGGUCGAACUACCUCUCACUCAUCCGGAAUUAUACGAAGAGAUGGGUAUCCGACCUCCAAAAGGAGUGAUAUUGUAUGGUGUACCCGGGACGGGCAAAACUCUACUCGCCAAAGCUGUUGCCAAUCAAACAUCAGCAACUUUCUUACGGAUAGUCGGUUCUGAACUUAUUCAGAAAUAUCUCGGGGAUGGUCCCAAGCUUGUACGGGAACUGUUUCGUGUGGCAGAGGAACACGCUCCAAGUAUCGUUUUCAUAGAUGAGAUCGAUGCUGUUGGUACGAAACGAUACGAUUCGACUUCUGGAGGAGAAAGAGAGAUUCAGCGAACAAUGUUGGAACUCCUGAAUCAACUAGAUGGUUUUGAUACUCGUGGGGAUGUGAAAGUUAUCAUGGCCACCAACAGAAUCGAGACUCUUGAUCCAGCUCUUAUCCGCCCAGGUCGAAUUGACCGGAAGAUUGAGUUCCCACUGCCAGAUACGAAAACAAAACGACACAUUUUCAAGCUUCAUACAUCACGAAUGUCAUUGGCUGAGGACGUCGAUUUGGAAGAAUUGAUCAUGGCAAAAGACGAUCUGUCAGGUGCGGAUAUCAAGGCUGUAUGCACUGAAGCAGGUCUAUUGGCUCUCCGAGAAAGACGUAUGAGAGUGACCAAAGCCGACUUUACCUCUGCUCGUGAGAAGGUGCUCUACAACAAGGACGAGAACACCCCGGCGGGCCUGUACUUGUAGAGAUAUCCAUCGGGCAGUCAUUUGUCUAUGUAAUUCCCGUACAAAGUCUCUAGCAUGCAUUCAAUAUCCAGAUGU